AACGAAACAACACCUUUCUCUGUCAAAGCCACUGACCUCGGUCUUAACAUCAACCGAUUCUUUCUGUAAUUGACGAGUCACGGUUCGAAGCUUUACAGCCUUAGGUAUCUUAAUAAAUCUACACAAUGACUGAGAUUACCAGAAAGAUCAAGCUCGUCACAACUCAAUCAAUACUGACAGAUGUUGCGCCUGCCCACGAGGGUUUCCCGAUGAGGGAGUGGUCUAUCCGUGUGUUCAUCCAAGGGGAGAAAGGGGAAGAGCUACCUGCGAAUAUAUUCGACAAGGUGACAUAUAAGCUCCAUCCGACGUUUGCCAAUCCGAAUAGGGUCGUCAAGAAGCUACCGUUUUUAAUCACCGAGCAGGGCUGGGGAGAAUUCGAUAUGGAGGUUGUUCUUCAUGCCAUCGAUAAGGGCGGUGAUCAUUCCAUUCGCCACGACCUCAACUUUCAGAAGAAUAAAUACGAGUCUGUUCAUCCCGUCACUUUCAAUAACCCGAGACCGAACCUUGUCAAGGCUUUGGCAGCCUCUGGCCCAGUUCCUGGGGCGGACACCGCGGCGCCGGAGGAGAACGGGGUGUCCAAACGUGAUAAGCGCAAGAAUGAUGGAGAAGAGAGGACUAAGAAGAAGAGCCGGAGCGAACGUACCUUCGACAUGGAGAAGCUAGCAGAAGGCCUUCAGAAGCUUCAAGAAGAACAUCUUCUCCAGGUCGUUCAGAUGGUACAUGAUAACAAGACUCCCGAGACUUAUAUCAAAAAUGACGUAGAGCAGGGUGAAUUCCACGUUGAUCUUUAUACACUUCCCUCACACCUUACCCAAAUGCUUUGGAAAUUCGUCCAAGAGUGUGGCGUCGACGUAUAAUUAUCGUUCUUCCCUUUCCCUCGACUCAUUUUUCAUGUUCUGCUUGCCCGGGUUGUUUUUCUUAUCGUUUUUUCCUCUUUCAAAAAAAAAAAAAUUAAAACCAAAAAAAAAAAACCCCAAUUUGAAAAUUUU